UACCGGAACUGGAUACAGUAGAAUGGAAUAGUCGCCAGGGUUUCUUUGACUCUCUGUUUUAGUUCUUAGGUAAAAGUUGUUGGAUGGAGGUGAUACUAAGGGAGAAGAACGCUGCAGAGUGGGUUUACAGAGGAGAAGGAGCUGCUAAUCUUGUUCUGGCAUAUACUGGAUCAUCUCCUGCAUUUAUUGGGAAAGUGAUGCGCAUCCGUAAGGCUCCAACGAAUGACGCUGUGAGUGUGAGGAGCCCCUCUGCUUUGACAGCGCACGAACGUCUUCUCUGGAAAGAUGUAGAUGAACUCGUAUCAUCUUCAGACCAUGAAAUUGCAGGCCAACUUUUUGUCUGCCACGUUAUGAAGCCAUUGCUUGGUUCCAAAUAUGUUGAUCCUGGGAUGCUUGUCUUGGUGUCGAGGGAAUUUCUUGAAUCUGUUCAGAAGGAUGUCAUUUGUCAACGUCCUCCUUGGAGAGUUGAUACUGCCCAGGUCGACACACAUUGUGAUUCUGUGCUUCUCAUGUCUGAUCAUUCACUCUUCACUCAUGGUAAUCUUGGAUCAAGCCCCUGCAUAUCUGUUGAGAUAAAGCCCAAAUGCGGAUUUCUUCCCCUUUCAAGAUUCAUAUCCAAAGAAACUGCUAUCAAAAGGAGGAUAACUCGAUUUGAAAUGCACCAAGCCCUGAAAUUGCAUCAAGGAGAGAUAUCACUGCUAAGUGAAUACAAUCCACUUGAUCUGUUCUCUGGAUCCAAGGAAAGAAUUCAUAAAGCUAUCAAGGAUCUCUUUACUACCCCUCAAAACAAUUUUCGUGUAUUUAUGAAUGGCUCUCUCAUAUUUGGCGGACUGGGAGGUGGUGCAGAAGAUACAAAUUUUUGUAUUGCGAAAGCAUUUGAAGAUGAACUUAAGUCUGUUAUUCAAGCUGAUGAUGGUCUAUGUACAGAGAACUUGCUCACUCUUGUUGCUGAGGCUUUGCAAAAAUCAGGAGUCCUUGAUCGGCUCCUUGAUGUUCAGAAGCUUGAUAAUGAUGACAUAGAAGGAGUAAUACAUGCAUAUUAUGACAUUACUUGUCAACAAUGCAUGGUAUGUAGAGAAUUGAGUGAAGAAGAAGUGAAAAGAUAUACCUCUUUGCAUUCUGCUUCAUUUGAUGAAAGCCUGAGAAUUGUAAAGGACUACCUGAUAGCAGCAACUGCAAAAGACUGUAGUUUGAUUAUAUGUUUUAGACCAAGGAAAGAGGGAGAUUCUGGAUCCGUAUGCAAUAAUGUAUAUCUUGAGUCCACUGAGCAAACCUUCGAUUACAAGGUGUAUUUUAUUGACCUGGAUUUGAAGCAUUUGAGUAAAAUGGAAGAAUAUUAUGAAUUGGAUAAGAAGAUAGUGAGCUGCUACAGAGAAAUGAUCAAAAUGAAUCAAGGAAGAAAUAAAGUCGCAAACUUGCAAGCAUCUUAAUCUGCAUAUCGAAAGUUAAUAGACACCUGUUGUAGAUGACAUUUGUGGAAUAUUGAAUUGUAAAUUGUACUGAGGACCUGACAAAGCAAAGCCUAUUUUAGACCGUGACUUCAGCUCAAAUCUGGUUUUUCGUCAGCCUAGUUUGGCCGUGGCUUGACUGAUGAUUUGUGUGUACCAUACGAUGAAUUCAUGAGCUGUUACGAGGUUCUUCCUUUCUCUCUCUUUCUUGGAGGCACACACUAGGAUUUUAUUAUCUUAAGUUCAAAUAGUACAAAAGGGACAUAUCAAGGUUGGAUUUCUGGAAGUGGGUCAUGCUUUCACCAGUCUGCUGGCACAUUCUAAUCAAAGCUGUUCUGAUGAUCUGAGAAUCUCAAAGCCUCUUUUGACCAGAAUGAUUUUUUUAUUUCAAGCCUUCAUUUUCUUUCUUUACAAAUAACUUUGUAGAGCAGGCCUCUAUGGAAUAUCAGUAUAUCAUAAAUUAUGUAUAGAGCCAUCUGUUUCUCACUUGAAGUGAAGCAAUAUUCAAAAUACAGCUGUCAGUACUGCAAACCGUGUUGAUAUCAGAAAUUGUUUCUUGAUAUUGAUUGAUU